AUGCUACACCCUCACAUUCUUCUCAUAAUAUUAGAGACAUCAAGGGCUGUGGUAAAAAAACAUCCAGGACAGUACUGGGAUGGAAGAGAAUGGGUACUUGAUCCCAACCUGGUCAAGACAAUCGAGAAUCUUUAUAAUAAUGUGGAAGCUGCCACCAAAAGUAAACUGGAAUUGGAGAAAGAUAUGAGUUGCGUCGAAUCUCCGCCAAGCGGUGAUCUGAAAGGAGCAGCAGAAGCCGGAUUUGAGGCUGCAUUUUAUUCGGCUAAAAUGGAGAAAUUCAAAGCAAUUCAACAAAGUGUAUUUAAAAGGGCGAAAACAGGCUCGCGAUCUGGUUCAUCCACAGAUGGAAUCGAAGAACGUAAAUUAUUGGAGGCGACAAAGAAAGAAACCAUUGAAAAUAAGCAGGCAUGGGAUCGAGAUACUCAUUUAGCAUCCAAAAAGGUUAACACUAUCUCUGGAGGAGAGAAGAAAGUACAAAGUUAUAGUUCACAAAUAUCAAGAUCUUGCUCCGAUCGAUAA